GGUGCGAGUGCGAGUGCGAGAAGAAAAGAAACUCUACUUGUGGUGUGGUGAUAACGAACUCGGAAACGAUCGCCAAAAGCGAUCUUUCGUCAAUUCAAUGUUCGAAUUCUGUCAAAGUAAAACAUAAUAAAAAAAUAUAUACAAAAUAGUUUAAUAUAAAAAUAAACAAAAAAACUAUUUAAUAAUUAUGUUAAUAAUACCCAAAAGAAUUAUUAAUAAAGAAAACAACGCGAAUAUGUAACAAAAAUUAUCACAUUAAGAAAAAUAUAUAUAAGAUACACUUGCUACUAUUUGAACGUAUUUGUGCUUACGUAGAUAUUAAUAAAAAAAAAAAGAAAAAAAAAAACAAGGUGUAGUGAAUAGAGUAUAGUGAUACUGAUUUAUUUACCCUAUUCUCCAUGUAGUAGUGUAAAAUGGCUUAAAUGGAUAUUAUGACAAAUAAAAAAAAUAACGAUGACCGAACAAAAUAAAUAUUAAUAAAUCAAAAUUGUUCGCUAAAUAUUUCUUGUCAUACAUUCGAUGAUUUAAACUAAUCAAAUAAAAAGCCCUACCUUCUCAAUUGUCGUUCGCAUAUUCAACAGUUGGUCGAUCUUCGUAGUAGUGCAUCAAAACGAUAUUGCAUGUUUAUGAGAUGAAAGACGACCACGACGAUGCUGGCUCGCUAUUCAAAUGUUAUUGUUUCAACACAUUAUUAGAAAUGCAUUAAAAUGAAGGAAUCACAAGACAACCUCCCAACGAAUUUAUGUGAUCAAGACCAGAAACCAGAUGUUCUUCCCGAAAUUGAUUUGAAAUAUAAAGAUGCUGAAAAUCAUAUAUUAAAUAAUAGUAAUGGAGGUGGAAGUAGUCAAUCGGCACCAAGUCCCGUUGAUCAAAAUCUUAGCCCAACACUUAGCCCUGGAAGCAGUAGUACUCUAGCAGGAAGUAAUAGUAGUACUUUCUUGCAAAACAAUUCACAAACUGCAACAGUAUGUGCGAUAUGUGGCGACAGAGCUACUGGCAAACAUUAUGGUGCAUCUAGUUGUGAUGGUUGCAAAGGAUUUUUUCGACGAAGUGUUCGAAAAAACCAUCUUUACACAUGCAGAUUUUCUCGAAAUUGUGUAGUUGAUAAGGACAAAAGAAAUCAAUGUCGUUAUUGCCGACUUCGGAAAUGCUUCAAAGCGGGCAUGAAAAAAGAAGCCGUGCAAAAUGAACGCGACCGAAUUAGCUGUCGCCGAACAUCCAACGAAGACCCAGAUCCUGGUAAUGGACUCUCUGUGAUAUCACUCCUUAAGGCUGAAAGGGAAAGUCGCCAGUCAAAAGCUGGCGCUGCAAUGGAAACAACCCAAAAUGAAGAUUUAUCCAGUAAACAAUUUGCCAGCAUAAAUGAUGUAUGCGAAUCAAUGAAGCAACAACUAUUGACAUUAGUUGAAUGGGCCAAGCAAAUACCUGCUUUCAAUGAUCUGCAUUUAGAUGAUCAAGUUGCUCUGCUGCGAGCACAUGCCGGUGAACAUCUUUUGUUGGGUUUAUCUUGGCGGUCAAUGCAUUUAAAAGAAAUCUUAUUGUUAGGAAAUAAUUGUGUCAUUACAAAACAUUGUCCAGGUGUGGUUAUUAUAAUAAUUUUGUUUAAAUAUUUAAUGGAAAUAUAUAAAAUAUUUCAUUUUUAUGCAGAUGCACGACUUUCGCCUAAUUUGGAUAUAUCACGCAUUGGUGCAAGGAUAAUCGAUGAAUUGGUUUUUGCUAUGAAAGAUGUCAAUAUUGAUGAUACUGAAUUGGCGUGUAUAAAGGCGCUUGUUUUCUUUGAUCCAAAUGCUAGAGGACUUAAUGAGCCACAAAGGAUUAAAAAUCUGAGGCAUCAGGUCCUGAAUAACCUUGAAGACUAUGUAUCAGACAGACAAUAUGAGUCACGGGGUAGAUUUGGAGAAAUACUGCUCAUCUUACCAGUCUUGCAAUCAAUUACGUGGCAAAUGAUUGAACAAAUCCAAUUUGCAAAGAUCUUUGGAGUUGCUCGUAUCGAUUCUCUAUUACAAGAGAUGCUCCUUGGAGGUGAGUUAGCUGACAAUUCAUCUCCCCUAUCACCACCUAUUGUUAAUGCCUACAAUCCAACUAAUUCAAUGGACCAGGGUCAAGUUUCUUCAAGCUUAGAUCCUCUUUCUCCAACUAAUUCUGAUCAAAUAUCACAAGAACCAUUGCCAAACUGUAUGGACACCGGAUUGGAUGUGCCAAUGAUAACACCAUUGAUUGACUCAAUGCCACCGGCAAAUAAUUUUGAUCCUAGACAAUCAUCAUCAAGAGUACAACUGUUGUCGCCUCUGCGUAACAAUUCACCAAACUCACCAAUGGAUCCAAUAGAUGUGUACAGCAACCACCAACAACAACAACAACAACAAAGGACACAACAAACAAAUGCUCAUCAUCAUCAUCAACAUCAACAACAGCAGCAACAACAACAACACCACGAUCAACAACAACGUAUUUCUUCAUACCGUCAAGAAAUGAUGUCACCGAAUAACAACUCCAAUGGCAAUCAAUUAGAUCGUAGCGUUCGUAGCCCAACUGAGAUGACAUUAAAUGAGUACAAUCGCACAUCGCAAGACGAAAUAAUGCGACAGCCACCAAUUAAAAUGAGUCGUACUGACGGCAUGACAAGUCCAUCGUCAUCGAACUUCUUACUUGGUGUUCAGGAUAAUGACAGUUAUAGAAUGACCCUUAAACAGGAACCCGAAACUGGCUACUAAGUAGUGGAGAAAAGUGGAAUAUAAAAUAAUAUUUUGGUAUUGGGCUUGCUACUUCGUGCAAUAGCUAAGAGAUUUUUUGAUAUAAAUUUUAUAUACAACAGACACAUAGUUUUAUAUAAAUGAUUUUUAUAUAUUUUUUCUUUUCCAAAAAAAAAAAAAAACAAAAACUGGGAAAUGGCACAAUCAAAAUACUAUUUUAUCAGCAAUAUAAUAUUAUUUAGGGAGAAAUAACAGUUCUUAUCAUAAGUUAGAUAGAUAUGCGGUACUUCUAGGGUAGGUAAAUAUAUUAAUAAAAUACGGAUUAAAAUCGUACCACUUUUUACCAGUUUUAUUUUAUUAUUUUUUUUAGUAGAAUGUGUAGGUAGUAUAGAAAUGUUGUUAAGGAAGAUUUUUGAUUUUUUAAAUUCAUUUUGUUGUAAAUACUAUUGAAAUGAACAUGAAAGCGGAAAUAUACAUUGUUUUUAUUGUUAUAAA